GGAUAUCGUCGUCAUUUCUCUCUCUAACCCCUUCUCUCUUCAGUCUCUCUCUCUCUAGACGAUCUCUAUCUUGAAUAAAAUACCGAUAAUGACCUCAACCAAUCCGGUGGUCGCCGAAGUAAUACCGGCGGAAACUUCUACAGAUGCUACAGAGACGACGAUUGCAACGACGGAAGCUGGUGAAGCACCGGAGAAGAAGGUGAGGAAAGCUUACACAAUCACCAAGUCUAGAGAGAGUUGGACUGAAGGAGAACACGACAAGUUUCUGGAAGCUCUUCAAUUGUUUGAUCGUGACUGGAAAAAGAUAGAAGAUUUUGUUGGUUCAAAGACAGUUAUUCAGAUCAGGAGCCAUGCCCAAAAAUACUUUCUAAAGGUCCAAAAAAAUGGGACUUUAGCACAUGUUCCACCCCCUAGGCCUAAGCGCAAAGCUGCUCAUCCAUAUCCUCAAAAGGCAUCGAAAAAUGCUCAAAUGUCGCUUCACGUUUCCAUGUCCUUUCCUACUCAAAUAAAUAACCUGCCUGGAUAUACUCCAUGGGAUGAUGAUACAUCUGCAUUGUUAAACAUUGCUGUAAGUGGGGUUAUUCCACCAGAAGAUGAACUUGAUACUCUUUGUGGAGCAGAAGUUGAUGUUGGAUCAAAUGACAUGAUAAGUGAAACUAGUCCUUCAGCAUCUGGUAUCGGAAGCUCAAGCAGAACACUAUCAGAUUCUAAGGGUUUGAGACUGGCGAAACAAGCUCCCUCAAUGCAUGGUCUUCCUGAUUUUGCUGAGGUUUAUAACUUCAUUGGGAGUGUGUUCGAUCCUGACAGCAAAGGCCGCAUGAAAAAGCUCAAGGAAAUGGAUCCUAUAAAUUUCGAAACUGUGAGUUGGAGCUUUACUUGCCUUUAGAUUAACUGAUAUGUGUGUUGCAGCAUAUCAAUCAUUUAGUCUUCUUCUUUGAGUUCCCGAAUAAAUUCAGCUGUGUGAGAAGAUAAAUAUAAAGAUCAGUACUUGCAAUAUAUAGAUUCACGAGUUGGAAACACCAAAAAGCCAAAGUACCAUGAUUCUAUGGAGAUGUUGGUCAAAUAAUGGGAUUGUUACAACCAUGAGUCAGUUUUAGGUGUCAUGGUUUUGCUGUUGAUGAGAAACCUCACAGUGAACUUGUCAAACCCUGACUUUGAACCUACUUCUGAAUAUGUUGAUGCUGCAGAGGAAGGUCAUGAACACUUAAGCUCUUAGCUGUUUGUGCACUCAACAAGUUAUAUAUCUUCUUGACGACUUCUUGCUCGCAACAACUCUCUACCAGCUAUCAAGUAAGUUUGGUGUUAUACCGCAUCCCUCCGACACCAAUAUAAAACACUAUAAUAAGAACGUUCGCAUUGACUUAAUAGAUUAUAUCGAAACCUAACACCACAGUUCACUAAGGUUUUCACCUUAAUGUUUCUCAUUUGUUACUGUAGUUAUUGUCUCACAUGAUCGAACGUCAUAAUAAGAAUGAUCUGUAGAUCAUAACUGUUAUAUUCUCAGCGUUGCUGCUAUUAUUCUGAUUACACUACCCUUAAGGUCUUAAGAAUAUUGCUCUUACGGUCUACCAAAUUGCUAUUGAUCUCUGUAUAUGGUGGAUUGUGUCAGAUGCAUUCUACGGUUGUUGUCUG